AUGGCUGACAGUGCCGAGAUAACCUUUUUGCCCCAGCAAGCCAGCUUGACAAACCCACCCUUGAGCCAUCUCGAGCGGGGCUCAACCUUCCAGCUCGGCUUUUGUGACGGCUCAAGGGAACAGACAACCCGGCUUACCCCGCACGAGCCCUUCGCUGGACACGGGCUCUGCUGGCCGCCUGAGCACAGACCCGGACAUGGAUCCGCCACCCCAGCUCCUCACACCUAUAUCUGCCAAGGUGGAGAAUCGCAGAGGGACGAGAGCGAACAAAGGCGACGACGGCGGCAGUUGGAAGCAAACAAAGAGUCGACGCCUCAAGAAACCUCCGUGCUCGACGAGGCCAUGGCUGCCGACUGCUACCAGGUCCUCACCGCUGUGUGUGCUUUACCCAGAGGUCCUGAGCAGCUGCUGAGCCGGGGGGCCGUACCCGCUCUGUGCAAAGCCGUGCGACAAAACCAGACUUUCAGCCGCGAGAAGGGGCUGGUCCUGCUCGGCGGGCUCGUCUCAGGUAAAACCAAGGACAAAGCGUGGAGUAGGCAUCCUGCAGAACUCCUCGCUCUGCUGGUAGAGCUCUCCAAAGACUUCUGCCGGGCCAGAGACCAGACCAGGUUGGACACGUGUGCCCAGCUGGUGCAGUUUCUCCCCCCGGUGGGAGUGUCGGCCGAGAGCGAGGAGCUGAAGGGAGUCGUGGCGCGUGUGUGGGGGGUCCUGAGGCCCGUGCUGCAGGCCAAGUUGACGCCGAGACAGAUCGGGCCGGUCCUGGUCCUCGGCGCUUGUCUGCUGGAUCUGUGUGGAUGGGAGCCGGUGGGGCCGCCGAAGUUCUGCUGCCUGCUGGUGAACCGGGCCUGUGUGGAGGUCCGAAUGGGUUUGGAGGAACCGCCGGGCAACGAGCUGAGCCCAGAGCUGCAGCACACACUCACAGGCUGUUACCGAAUCAUGGAGGCUGCCAUAGAGCAGGCCUGCUGUCUGGGAGUGUCACCGACCGCUGCGCCUCCUCACAGCUCCAUCUCCACUCUCAGUCUGCAGCAGAGCCGGCAGGUCCUCGGGGUGCUGGAGGAGGCCUUCUCUGCUUUAAUGUACCACCUGCAGCAGGUCGAUCCGAGUCGCUACGGUGACCCUUUUAUCUUCGCCACUUUCCGCUCUCUGUGCUCGUGGCUGGCCGAGGAGACUUCCUGUCUGAAGGAGGAAGUGACUGGACUGCUGCCGUUCUUGAUCGGCUACUCCCGGAGCCACCUGCAGGGCGAGAGUCCAGAGCACGGCCUCUCCGAUUGGAUGGCCGACAUGUCCGUCAGAGAGGAGAGGGGGCCGUGGACGGGCAAAGAGGCUCUGAGGUAUCUCCUCCCGGCUCUGUGCCACCUGUCGGCAGAGGAGGGUCCCAGGAAGGUGCUGCUCACCCUCGACACUCUGGCCCUGCUGGUGGACUUUCUGUCUCAGAGCUGGACCCCCCUCAAGGGGAAAAGUGGCAUGGCGUCGGCCAGGGAUCCCAGCAUGGAGACAGCCUGCUCAGCCCUCCUUAACUUCACCGUCACAGAGCCAGAGAGAGUCAGAAAGGACCCGUGUUUCAAGACGCUGGAGGCCCUUCUGAGUGAAGCGCUCCCUGUUUUAGUGCAUAAACCCCAUCUGCUGGUCCUGGCAGCAAAUUACUGCACACUGGGACUAAUGAUCGGCAGGCUCAAAUCAGCUCCUUCAGGCUCAGUCGAAGCGAGCCAGAGGCGCUUCUUCUCCACAGCUCUCCGGUUCCUCCGCAGCGCCCUGGACUCUGGCUCCAGCCCUGGCCCGGUUAAGGUGAGCCCCGGCUGGGAGGACAGUUGGGACGACGCCGCGGAGCUCUGGAGGUUGAGUCUGCAGGCUCUGGGAGGCUGCGUCCGCGCUCAGCCCUGGAUCUCCACCCUGGUCAGAGAGGAAGGUUGGCUCAAACACACGCUCGCCACGCUGAGUCAGUGUAGCGCACUACCUGACCUGCACACGCAGGGCGCGCUAGAGGAAGCUCUGUGUGCCAUGGCAGACCAGUGCCCGGUCUGUAAACUGGAGAUUGGAGACAUGGUGAGAAAGGAUAAAGGAGCUUUGAGCUGUAUGAGGAACCUGAAGAAGUCAGUGGGAGUGAAGUGAUAUUUAACUGCUACUAAUGGAGUAUUUUUAACUUGCAGAGUUGAAAACAAAUAAAGGAGGGCUACGACUGAAGCCAAACGUGUGUGUUUAUUACCUGUACCAAUCUGACUUGAAUAAUGUGUUACCUGUUGUUCCAGACUUUCUUAUAAGGAGAAGAAAUAAAGGCCCCACACUCUGUUGGUCUAGUGAUCUUUGCAAAUAAGCUCGGAUUGAAAAGAGAACGGAAAAUUAUGAUGCACAAACACAUUUUGUUUAUGCCCAGUGUAAUGCAAUGUAAAUGUUCAGACAGUCUCUUACGUGUCAUUUGUGAAAUGUUAAUGCCUUUAAUAAAGAGCUAUUUUGUUAGAAAACCAA